GUAGAGUCUUAUACGGAUAUGUCGUAAGCUGCUUAGUGGCUAAAACUUGUUUUCCCAACACAGCUGUCUUGUUCCAGAUGGAUUCACUGUGCAGUGCAUGGCAGACCGGCAGACUACGUUGGCAGGGGCGUGUUCAACAAGACAAAGCCGGUAGAGGAGCGGCCAUCUGAACUCGUGCAGAACGGAAUGUUAUGUAGGAGUGAAACAUUAAAACUAUAUAUAGCUGUGUGUGUAGUCCUGAUCCUGAGUAAAGGGAGACAAAAAUUAAUUUGUGUGUUGUUGUGCUGAUUGCUUGCCAAUGUGACCGGAUGUGGUCAAGUUUAUAUCCGUUUUGUGGUUAUAAAACUUGUUCUACAUGUAUCAUUGAGCAAAGAGAAAGCAGUGUGUGUGUGCGAUACUCUUGAACAUAAGUAUUGUUACAAAAUUGAACUGAAAUGUCUUACGAUGGUGAAUCAAAAGCUGAAGCUCUUGAGCGGCAACAGAGAGAGCAAGAAGCAGACGCAUUCCUAGCUGCCCUCGGUCCCUCCUUCCGAGCCCCCUCCCCUCUGUCUCAAAGGAUCCAGCCGUCCCAACAAGCUGCCUCAUCGGCCGCAAAGAAAGGACCCACACAGAGAGUCGUCAAUGUGCCUGGACCGGUAACCACAACUACGAGAUCUAUUGCCGUUGGUAAAGACAGUAAAAAUGUCAUUUCUUCUCUCACGACUAAUCUACAACUUAUGGAGGCAGAGGAAAAAAGACAAGAAGCGCUCAAGCGACUCAAAGCCACUCAUCGCAGUGUAAACAAAGACAGUGUGAUUGUAGCUGAUCCAGCACCUGCCAUAUCAGUGAACCGUUCAGCUCAGAAACCGAGCACUCGAACAUUCUCAAGUGGUGUAGCUAAGGACCAAACCGAUGGAAAGAGCCAAACCAAGCCAGUUUCAAAACCUACUCCAGUGAAUUCUGCUGCUAAUCUAAAGAAAACCACGACCAUUGAAAAGCCUCCACCUCCAAGUUCUGUUAUAAAGAAGCCGUCACCUCCAGUCACCACCCAACAGAAGUCGCCUGAGCCACCUAAACUAGUAUCAAAUGGUGUUGCCGUUAACAAGCCCAAUCCCCCUACUAGCUCCGGCCUACCAUAUGCAGCAACUGUAUACGGUCAGCCCAAGAAAUCGCCAACUCCUGAGGCUCCAAAAUCAAGUCUUCCGUAUGCAGGCACAGUUUAUGGUCAGCCCAAGAGCAAUUCUCAAGUAUCCACAAAUACUGCUAACACUCAACAAGCUACAAAGUCUGCUACUGCCGAGGUAACCAAGCCAAGUGUACCAUUCGCUGGUGCUUCUUACGGGAAGAUAUCACCUACACAGAAACCAAUCGAAACCAAACCUAUCCCACCUCCAGCUGCAGUUGCAAAGCCUAAGACACCAACAGCAUCGACAGUGGUUAGUAAACCAGCCCCUCCUGUUGUGAACGUAUCUCCACGAGCAAGUCCUAUUUUGAACUCGGCCCCGAAAGUCGUUGCACAGCCCAAGGCACCAGUUGUGAAUAAACCAGCUCCUCCUGUUGUUAACGUAUCUCCACGAGCAAGUCCUAUUUUGAACUCAGCCCCGAAAGUCGUUGCACAGCCUAAGGCACCAGUUGUGAAUAAACCAACCCCCCCUCCUGUUGUGAACUCAUCUCCAAAGCCAAGUCGUUCUGUCCCAACUGCUCCCCCUAUUUCUACCCCAUCUGCUCAGCAAAAAUCUCCAGAGCCACCUAAGACAGUCACACCAUCUGUAACACAAGCAAAGGCUUCACCAAUUGCCAAAAAUACUGUUUCACAAGCCAAGGCUCAAAUCACUACUCCCAAUAAGCCUGCUCAACCUACCCAAGGGACUGCCAUUGCCACGCGAAAGAUAGGGGAUACGACCACAGUUGUUACUUGUAAACCUGGGUUUGAAAAUUUGAAGGCUGCAAAAUUUCUUGCUAGUGGACGAGGACCUCAAGAAACUGGACCUAAAAGCACCCUCGGCUCUGGCUUCAAAGGAGACCUCACUACAAGACUGCAGGGAAGCACAAGUCUUUUUAAGACUGAAGAAGAGCUGCUUGAUGGAAAAAAGAAAAAGGUACAGCUGGGAAGAGUGCUUGAUGAUCCUCCAGCCCCUAAAGAGGAGCCGAAAAUUCAGCAAAAGACUGAACCGAAAGUGAAUGCACCAAAGGUUGUGAACUCAUCACCCAGUGUACCCAAAGCCUCUAUUGUCAAGGCAGCAGCUAAUAUACAAGUGAUACGGCCUGUUAGUCCUGCUCCCAAACCAGCUCCUCAAGCUACACCACCUCCUGUAAUCAAGUCCUUACCAGUCGCUGAAAAGACUCCUGAAGCACCACCGCCCCCACCUCCACAAGCUGUACUAGCUCCACCGCCCCCACCUCCACAAGCUGUACCAGCUCCACCGCCCCCACCUCCACAAGCUGCACCAGCUCCUCCGCCCCCACCUCCACAAGCUGUACCAGCUCCACCACCCCCACCCCCACAAUCGGCACCAGCUCCACCACCCCCACCUCCACAAGGGACACCAUCUGGAGGACCACCCCCUCCCCCACCCCCUGGCGGAGCGCCUCCUCCACCUCCACCGCCCCCUCCACCUCCACCUAUCGGGUUCGUCCCCCCAAAGAAGCCGAUGACGGAUCCUUCGAUGGCAGUCAGUAGCAAAAAGAGUAAACCAGCAGUGAGCAAGCCACAGUCGGUGGAUAUGGCAGCCAUGUUCCAAGCUGAGCUAAUGAACAAGCUGAAAAAGAAGAGUGGAAAUUGAAUUAAGGUGUCGUGAAUGUGUGGGCUUGUACUGCUUCCUAAAGUAAUGUAUUCUCAAAGAGCCAGCUGAUGUCUGGAGUAUGUGCACACCUUGUAGUAGUUCAGGAGAUUUGGGGUAUGUGAAUUGUUAUCAAUGAUAAUUUGCCAAAUUGAGUUGGUCCUAAUUCUUUGACUGCCAACACUAGAUGUUCUGUCUGCCCUAAUAUGGUUCUGUGUGUGUGUGUGUGUGUCAGCUAGUGUAUAUAGCUGCUGCAUUAUUGUCAGGAUGCAGUGAGAUAAGUGCUUAUCUAAGGCAAAGUGAAUGUAUGUACAUGUUCAUUUUCUUAGUAUAAGGAGUUUUUGUGUGUUUUGUAUUGGGGGUUGGUAGAUUGAUCUAUAGGUUAUAAGCUAAAUAAGCAUGUCGAUCAACUUCAUUGUAUUUUCAGUCGAUAUGAUAGUGGCCGGGACAAUACCGGUCAACACGUGCAACAUGUGCAGCUAUCUUACACCAAUAAUGAAAUCACCUGACAAUGUGUGUAGGGUAUUGUGGUACCAAAUAAAUAGGGCAGGCCGAAAUCAACCUGAAAUAACUGACCCUUGUAUAAUAUAAUUUGUGGCCUGGCAUUCAUUUACAAAGCAUUCCAAUAAUAUGUAUAUACAUAAUGUCUUUUUUGUGUGGUCACCCAAUUGCUCUAGUUACAGACAGCUUUGUCAAUUUUUGAUGGGUACGUAAGGUAACUAACUACAGUGGCGUGGCUGGGUGCAUACAUAUAUCUAGUUUUGCUCU